CUAAUGCGCAAAUGCGUCAGUGAGACAACCAUACUGCGAGUCGAUCGGGCACAUUCAUUUCAGUCUCGCGGCAAUUACUGGUGACUAAACACUGUACAGACGCCUGAAACGCAAAAACGAGCAGAAAAUGAAUUUCUGCACUACGCUUGGUAUCCUGUUUGGGACGCUGCUGAUUACCAUCGUCCCUGAUACAGCGGCUUACAGUAAAUAUGGCAGAACUUGCAAGGAUAUCGGUUGCCGCAGUGAUGAAACGUGCGUGAUGGCAGAAGAUCCUUGUACGGGCUACACUGAUAAGUGUGGUCGAUAUCCGACUUGUAAAAGGACAUCAGAUGUGAGUUGCGUUCAUAUAAUGUGCGGACAAAACGAAUAUUGUAAGAUGGAAAAUGGUACUCCAAAAUGUGUAAGCACUACGGCACAAGGCUACGAGUCGGCCGGUGUUUCUUAUGUAAAUGGCGAACGAACGAGCGGAAAUAACGCGAACCCCUAUGCGAACGCUAACGCUCCACCGGCACCGGCGAAUCGAGCUGAAGGCGGAUUCCACCAAUCUUCUUCUUCUUCUGGAAGCAACUCGGCGUACCCGCCGUACCCCAGCAACACCGGUUCCUCGAACGGGUAUCCACCCUAUCCGCAAUCCACCAAUCAAGCCAGCCACACCCGGGACCUGGGGUAUCCGCCGUAUCCGACGCAGAACAGGAUGCCCAUGCCGGGACAGUCAUCGUAUCCGGGCUACCCACAAUCAUCCGGAUACCCACAGAACUCCGGAUAUCCGCAGCAGUACCCGGGACACCAAGGCCAUAAUCCUUAUCCGAAUUACCCUCAACAGAACUAUCCGGGUCAAAAUUACCCCAAUCAAAACCAACGUGGGUACACCUACAGCUCGAACUCGCUUUAUCGUAGAAACGCCGCGUCAGUCGGAGUGAUCGCUUCCAUGAUUCUCGUCGGAUUCUCUGAACUGUUUGUCUUCAUGAUGACGCGGUUGUAAUUCAGCCAAAUGUUGAUAACGCUUUACUUGUCUUUGUCAUGAUCGUUGUUGAUACUUUUAUUGACCUUCUCGUUGCCAAUCGAUGCAGUCGAGGAUAAUUUGUUAAGGAAAAGUAUUAAGAAUUUUGUACAGGUAUUUUACAAUGAUGAUUUUUAGUUUUUCUAGAUGUGCACGACGAUUCUUUUUAAUACAACUCUUUACUUUGUGUUUACCUUGUGUUUAAUGAUUAUUGUCUUCCUUAUCGCGUAGGAGAAGUAGAGUUUUACUAAUAUAUACAUAUUAUACGUAAACUAAAUGUGUAAUUUAAUGUAGCUUGUAUCAAAGAGUAUAUAUUUCUACGGAAAAAAUAAUAUUUUGUCUAUAUAUCGAUAUGCAAUCGUUAAAAGAUAUAAUACAAAUAUGUACGUUUUAAAGAAAGAUUGAUAAAUCAAUCGAAGAAUUUGGCCUUACAAUUAACGUCCUGGUUGUGCUGUGUAUUUACAUAAUAUAUAUAAAGUUUAUAUCAAUGCUACAUGUCACAAGAUAUGUACCAAUCGAUAUAAAAUUUAUAUACAUGUAUGUGAAAUUUUUGGAAUAUAAGAUUAUCGAUCAUCUGUAUUUUAUUCUUAUUUUGUGCUAACUCUGAUGGCUCAUAUAUUUUACGAGCAAGCUUAUGUACAAAAUGUACAAGCACUUCAUAAAUAAAUGAAUUAUCAGUUUGAACCUU